UUGACUUCAAUUCUUCAACUCACAGUUGCGACGCUGGCAAUGUAACGUGCGUCUAUCUUGUCUAUCUCUAUCAAAUCUAUCCUUUUUGUACAUAUUGUGACCGUAACACUUACACACUCAUACUCGAACAUUUAUAAACCUAACAAAACUCACUGUCAUGACUCCUAGUCCAAAUGACUGAGAUAUAUCCAACUAUUGCGCAUUGCGCAAUAGUUGCAACUGCUUUCAAGAUCCUUCUUUUCCCGGCCUACAAAUCCACAGACUUUGAGGUUCACAGGAACUGGUUAGCCAUCACGAAUAGUCUACCUCUAUGGGAAUGGUAUUACGAAAAGACGUCAGAAUGGACUCUGGAUUAUCCACCAUUCUUCGCAUACUUCGAAUGGGUUCUUUCUCAGGUAGCAAAGCUAGCUGACCCAGCUAUGCUUCGGGUCUAUAACCUAGGAUAUGAUAGUUGGCAGACAAUUUACUUCCAGAGGUUCACCGUUAUCGCCACGGAGUUGGUCCUGAUAUACGCUCUCCAACUAUUUGUCGAAUCUUCACAAACAGUUACCAAGCGUGCAGCACAGGCUGCAGCAAUCUCAGUCCUUCUCUCACCAGGUCUCCUUAUCAUAGAUCACAUUCACUUUCAGUAUAAUGGAGUUAUGUAUGGAGUCUUGAUCUUGUCUUUGGUCCUGGCUCGUCAAAAGUCCGGUCUCUUAGUCAGUGGCCUUGUCUUCGCCGCCCUCUUAUGCAUGAAGCAUAUUUACCUUUAUCUUGCUCCAGCGUACUUUGUCUACCUGCUUAGAACCUACUGCUUCUCGUCCAAAUUUCGUAUUCAGUUCCUCAACUGCUUCAAGCUCGGAUCCGGCAUUAUUGGCAUUUUUGGCCUGGCGUUUGGGCCAUUUGCCUUGAAGGGACAGAUUCCACAGAUCUUGACCAGGCUUUUCCCUUUCUCACGUGGGCUUUGCCACGCUUAUUGGGCGCCAAAUGUGUGGGCCAUGUAUUCCUUCAUCGACAGGGUGCUGAUAUUUGUGGCACCACGGAUGGGGUUACCGGUCAAGAUGGAGGCAGUAAAUAGUGUCACGAGAGGCUUAGUUGGGGACACAUCUUUUGCAGUGCUUCCUGAUGUCACCCCUCGGGUGUGCUUUGCACUUACUCUCCUUUUCCAGGCAAUACCGCUUGUGAGACUAUUCCUGCGUCCUAACUGGGACGCUUUCAUUGGAGCAGUCACACUCUGUGGCUACUCCUCCUUCCUCUUUGGAUGGCAUGUUCACGAGAAAGCUAUUCUUCUUGUGAUUAUUCCAUUUAGCUUGAUCGCUCUCAAGGAUCGACGGCACCUUAGUGCGUUCCGUCCCUUGGCAGUAUCUGGACAUGUCUCGCUCUUCCCACUACUCUUUACCCCUGCAGAGUUCCCAAUCAAAAUAGUCUACACCGUGUUCUGGCUGAUACUAUUUUUGAUGGCAUUUGAUCGCAUGGCUCCCCCUUCAACCCGACCACGAUUCUUCCUCUUUGACCGGUUUACGAUACUAUAUAUCACGAUUAGCAUACCCCUGAUUCUGUACAGCUCGUUGUUACAUCAGAUCAUAUUCGGCAAGAGUUAUGAAUUUCUCCCAUUGAUGUUCACUAGCUCUUAUUCGGCUAUAGGUGUGGUUGGUAGUUGGAUAGGGUUCAUGGUUGUAUACUUUACAUCGUAGUGUAGUAUGGCUGACGGCAUGAUGCAAUUCUCAGUGUGUCUCUAGGGCUUGCCUACCUAGCGUAGAGUGAUUAUAUUAUAAAUUCGACAACUUGGACUGUUUGAAAUGUGAGUGUGAUGAUCUUGUUAUUGAAGUACCUACUACAUAUAUAAUAGUGUGUAGUUUUCAAUGGCAAAUACUGGGUACCCUGGUAUGGUAUAUGUAUGGG